AUGAGACUUGUAUUUAAGCGAGUGAUAGUCACUGCUUACGGAGAUCGUAAUGGACACAAUUAUCUGUUUGCCUAUGAUUAUUACAGUUCUACGAAAAAUUAUGCUCACACUGGAGUCGCUGUUCGGGUUGGUCUCAAUGAGAUCACGUUCACCCAGUAUCCGAUCGAGUCCUAUUACAAUAAGCAGAGCUGUCUGACGUUUUUGACUUUACGAGGAACAGAAAAUGAAUGUCAAAGAUACUUCCUUCUUGUGGAUGACUGGUACAAAUUCGAAAGAAAAACCUGGGACCAUGGGUACCAGAAAUCAGGUUGCAAAGUCAUCCAGUUCUACACUUCUGUUCUGGUUUUAAUAAAAUAUGACGUUCAAAAGGACACGAGCCCGAAGUUUGUCGGCACGUACUCGGUCCCGCGAGACAGGCUCUACUACAACGAUGAUAAAGGCAGAAGGGUUAUGAUCACAAACUUCAAGAGAAGGAUCUCACAGAAGCUCAUGUCACCCACAAAAUACGAAGUAAUUUGUGCUCAAGAAAGAUCGUGGUAA